AGCAGCGUCACGAGCGAUAACAACAUGGCUCAAGCUGCUCCUUCCUCCGGAUCAAUCGUAGUAGCUGACUGGCAUCAAUGUAAAGACAGCAAAGAAUAUUUCAGCAAAAUUAUACACAAGAAGAGACGGAAAAACUUCGGCCUCUUGGAGUCUCCAGUGAUGCCCCCACAUGUAGCUGUGGACACAGUUCACUAUAAGAUCUUCAUCUCUGGCAAGAGUGGAGUCGGGAAAACUGCUCUCGCUGCACGUCUUGCAGGCCUGAAUAUUCCUAACUUGCACUAUGAAACCACAGGUAUUGAAACCACGGUGGUGUACUGGCCCGUGAAGUUGAGAGAGAAUGGUAGAGUGCUUUUCUUCCGGCUGCAGCUGUGGGACUGUGGAGAGAACACCUUGCGUAGAUUUGACCAUUUGCUUCCAGCCUGUAAGGAGCAGGUGGAUGCCGUCCUUUUCCUAUUCUCCUUCACUGACAGAACAUCUUUUGAUGAUUUGUCAAAUCAAAUUGCUAAAUGGACUGGGACAUCUGUGAAAUUGGUGGUUGGCACCAAAUUUGACCUUUUCAUGCACUGUGAUGUGCCAGAGAGAGACGUGAGGGACUUCCAGGAGACGUGGAAGUUACGAGUGCUGCGCGUGGGCGGGGAGGUCAGUGACGGGCUGGUUGACGUAGCCCCACUUCUCAACUGCCUAGCGGAGAACCUGUGGCAUCAGGACUGUGUUACAGCUGGAUCAGCCAACCGUCGUUCACAGCAGGACACAGGGACUCUACUUUAAGUGGACAUAUUAUGGAGAGAGAAAAAAAAAAAAAAAAAGAACUUUCUCAGUGCUUGUGCACAAACAGCAGCGUAUCAGGAGUGCCUACCAACCCACAAACUGAAAUACAAAAGUCAGAUUUUGUGUGCUGCCUAGACCAGAUGUGUUCAACUAACCAUUCAGAUUUGCUCCUCUUCCUUAAGUCAACUGCAGGCUCAUUAGAGUCUCCUGCCAUAGAUUAAGAACUCCCCAUGUGUAAAGGUGUGCACCAACACACAAUCAAAAUAUCGGCCACUGAGAGAUAUUGUAUUCAAUAUUGAGAUGAACAGGGGCUGCUUAUGUCAAGUUCUCUUGUUAAUAUCUUUACUCAGUUAAAGCAUGCGUUUGUUGUAUUAGGCUGAUGUGACAGUCAUUUAAAAAAAAAAAAAAGAAAUAAAAAAAGGCACAUUGCUUAAAAUAAGUCAUUUUAAUACAAGUGAAAAACUAUAUUCACAAUAUAAAAAACCCCAAAACAUCCCCUUACAUGCGUGUUGGUUUAUUGUGACAAUCUCAGUGCAUGUUGGAAUCCUUAUUGUCAUGUAUGGUGCCAUUAUCAAAAUUAUUAAGUGCGGUCAAGUGUAUAUAAAGUUAACAAAUUAUUAAAAUGCAUUAGUAAUGUGCAAGUUAAAAACGGCAUUAGUUUGUUUUGUAUAGAAUCAUGUUUCCAUCACUGUUUAGACGACAGCGCAUUCAUCCACUCCUCUUUAUCGGACCUGCGAAAUAUAAAUCAGACAAGAAUCCCA